ACUCCACUUUCCUCUAGCAAUACAUGAAAGACAUGAAACGUAAAAAUAAGGCAACGGGAAAACCCACAUUGGAAGACUGUAAAACACUUCAAAGUCUACUGAAAUCAAUCAGAUCUUCCGUAAAAUUUCAUUGAGAAACUCCUGACCAAGCAGCCCAAGCCGCUUAUCUUCGCUCUAGAUUGUUGAAUGGAUUUAUUGUAUGUUCUUAUCAACUGUAGCUCAAAUCCCUAUUAUGUUAGCAAUGACCACGCCGAAUCUAUCGCUUCUCGAGGUAUAAAAGCCCAUUCACUGUCCUGACCAGUCACAUUCGUGAGUGCUCAAAGUAACCAUGAAGCUGUUCAUCCUUUUGGCCCUGGUCUUUGCUUCGGCAGCCGCCUUUCCUCAGUACUACCGCGACAUCGACGGAUUCAUCGUUGGUGGCCAGAAUGCCGACAUCGCUGACUUCCCUUACUCUUUGUCGCUGAGACGCAACGGAAACCACAUUUGCGGAGCUUCAAUCAUUGGUCCAAACUGGGCUCUCACGGCUGCUCACUGCGUCCCAACUGCCCCAGCCAACGAGAUCACCUUCCGUGGUGGCAGCGCUAACCGCUUUGAGGGCGGAACCAUCUUCCAGGCCGACCAGAUCCACAUCCAUCCUCAGUACAACAGCCCAUCCCAGCUGAACAACGAUGUUGCUCUUGUUCGCGUGACCACCAACUUUGUGGGAGCCAAUAUUGCGACUGUCGCAAUUGCCGGAAGCGGUGGCGAUAUGGAUGCUGGAGCCCGCGCUCUCAUCAGCGGCUGGGGUCACACUCAGUGGCAAGGAUCUCUCUCCACCAUCCUUCAGUGGGCCGAUGUUGGCAUUGUGUCUCGUGCUUCCUGCCAGGCUGCUUAUGGAGCCAUCAUUACCACUAGCAUGCUCUGCGCUUCCCAUCCCGGACGUGACGCCUGCCAGGGUGAUUCCGGCGGCCCACUGACCAACAUGGGACAUGUCCAACACGGUGUUGUGUCCUUCGGCCACCAGUGCGCUCAUCCUGAUUUCCCUGGAGUGUAUGCCCGCGUCGGAGUUGCUGUUGUCCGCAACUGGAUCGGAUCUAUUUCCGGAAUCUAAUUGUGUCUGCUGCAUCUACCCAAAAAAUGCUACAGUUUCGUAUUGUUCUCUCUGACUGAAAUGUUUAAUAAAUUUGCAAUUUA